GUGACGGACGGGUCGGACGAGUGCGUGAGCGGCCACUGCGUCGCCAUCUACCGGUCCAAGCUCACCGCCUUGGAGGAGAAAACCAUGUUGGACGUAAGCGCCGAGGCGGGCGGUGGUGGUAAGGUGGAAGGGCGGGAUGUGAUGGGCCCUGCACUGCCUGCACUAUGCCGCUCUCCGUGUUGCAGGACCUCUACUUUACGCCGUUCGAGGUGCAGCCCGGCUCCACGACCGCGACCGCGCUGUCCGAGCUGGUGACGAGGCUGAGCGCGCCGGCACUCAGCUCGUCCAACAACUGGGGGGACUUGCCCAACAAGGACCGGGAGCGGUUCCUCUACAACUUCAACAACUUCGCCCACUUCUUGUCAAGUACGUCGACCGACCUGGACCUCGGGCUGCGCUUCGCCACCCCAGAGGAAGAAGUUCUCAGAGAGCUGUCUUCUCCGCUCAAGGUGAAGGAGGCCGCCGUCAAGAGGGACGUGGUCACCGUCAUAGAGAAGCACGUCCGGGAGUGGUGCGACCAGAUCCAAGAGGUCCUUACGGUGCGACAACAAAUUCGCCGAGAACGCGAGAACAUCGGACCCCGCUCGGAACUGGUGUACUGGCGGCGCUGCCUCGCCAAGUACACGUCCAUCAUCGAACACCUCAAGAGCCCCGUGUGCCAAAACUGCAUCGUGGUCCUGGUGUUGAGCAAAAGCAAGCUCUUGGCCAGGUGGAAGCGGCUGGACAGCGAGAUAACCGAGGCCGCCAACGAGGCAGCAGACACCGUCAAGUACAUGUACGGCAUACAGAGGCUGCUCGCCCCGCUGUACCAGCUGGACCCGCCCAGCCUCGCCGCGCAGAUACCCAACCUCAUGACCCUCAUCCGGAACCUGUACUCCACGUCGAGGUUCUACAACACCACGGAGCGUCUGCAGGUCAUGCUCGUGAAGGUGACGAACCAAAUUCUCAACUCUUGUCGCGCCUACUUGACUUGCAACGACACCAAGACCAUCUGGUGCCAGGCCAAGAGGGAUGUGAUCCACAAGAUGCAGGUGUGCAUCCGACUGCAGCGCGACUACGAGCGUCGUUUCGAGGAGACACGGGAACAGGUGGCGCGCUGCCCGCUCGAGGGCACGUUCGAGUGCUCGUCUAUGUACAUCUUCGGCAAGUUUAAGAAGUUCUGCGGCCGCCUGCUCAAGAUCGUCUACGUGCUGGAGACGACUCUACUCUUCUCCGUGCUGCAGUCCUCAUGCAUCGAAGGCAUCGACGAGCACGCCGCCAAAUUCAUCAAGAUGUUCCAGCGCAUCUCCAACCAGUCCUUUGACCCACUUAACUACCGCAAGGAGGAGUUCGAUGUCGAAUUCGAUGUUUUCAAGAGGUCGCAGGUGGAAGCGGAGGAGUCCCUGUACAAGUUUAUGCGAUGCAGUCUGCAGUGCUGUCCUGACAUCCACUCUCAGCUAAUGCUCAUCAAACGUUUUGAGAAACUCGGUCUGGACUGCCUAGAGGUCCAGAUGGCUUACGAGGAUGCGCUGGACAAGUUCAUGGAAGAGAUCGAGUCCAUCCGGGACCGCUACAACGACAACAGGCAGAAUCUACUCGUGACGCGGAACCUCACGCCCAUCGCCGGCCGCAUCCUCUGGUCGCGCCAGUUCUUCGAGCGGAUCGCUGAGCCGAUGAACAUUUAUCGCGAGACGUCUGCCAUUCAGACUGAAAAGGCCCAAAAGGUCAUCAAGCACUACAACGCGUUGGCCAUGACGCUUGUGCACUACGAGAUCGUGCACCACACGGCCUGGUGCAACAGCACGCAGCUCGUGCGAGCGCUCCUCGCCGAGUCCAUCUUACGCAGGGACGACGAUGGAACACUCUGCACCAACUACAACCCGUACAUGCAAGAGGUCGUCCGGGAGACUGAGUGCUUCUGGAGGAUGGGGCUGCAAGUGCCAGAGAUCGCACAGGUGAUGGCGUUUUGCAAGAAGCCCCUGAUCGACCUGCUGGGCUCGGUGACGUCCCUAGUGCGGCGCUACGCGGAAGUGCGCUCGACCAUCUCGCGCCUCUUCGCGCCGCUCAUGCGCGCCCAGCUGCAGGACCUCGAGGCCACCAUCCAGCCGGGCCUCACCACCGUCAUGUGGACGUCCCUCUGCGCCAACGAGUUCAUCAAGUCCGUCAACACCCAGCUGGACCACCUGGAGGCCUUCAUCAAGGAGGUGUCUGACAUGAAGACGGCGAGGGUAGACGCCGCCCUCGCAUCAUUGUCCGACACCGUGCUCGUCUGGCUCCCCGCUGAGCCUGUGGCGCCCAAACACUUCCUCGCCAUGAACGUCGAGCACGUGCAGAAGAUGUCCGCGGAGGUGGCGCUGAGGUCCGCGACGGCAGAGGGCGCCGUCAAGGAACUCAUAAACCGCUUCGCCGACAUGAUCGGAGACCAGUUCGGCGACGAACGGUACAACUGGCUCGACUCCGACAAGGCCAUGAGGACCGUGAGCUCGCAGACUAAGCUGGCGGAUAUGAGCCGGGAGGAAGCGCUCCGGGAGGUGGAGAAGGUCCAGCUUACCGACAUCUCCCUGUUCUACAACGACUGCAUGGACAUGUUCUGCUACUUUAACGCCAAGAACAUCGACGCGCUAGUCAAGUGCAACAAAAACUCCUUGGAGAUGCUUCGAAGGCGGGACGGCAUAUCUAUGCGCUCCUUGCAGGCGGAGGGCGAGCAGAUUGCGCCGCUGUUCGCCACGGACAUGCUGCUCGUGAUCCCGAGGAUGACAAUCACCCCGACCCUGGAGGAGGCCAACCUCAUAUACAACAGCGUGAUCGCCAACGUCAUGACCGUGAACAAGGCUGUGCGCGUCUGGGGUCAGGAGCAUUCCGUCGACGUGGACGGAUCCUCGCAGACGCAGAGCUCACUGACCGCCUCAGAGAUCGAGACCAAGACUCUGUACAAAAUCAUCUCGGAACACCGGGAGGUGACGCGCACUUCCAACGUCAUGGUCAACAUCCUGUUGUUGCUCAAACCUGAAAUCAUCCGCAUCUUGGACGACCACAGCUCAGCACACGGCAUCCCUCUGCCCGAGGUCACCCGCCAGGAGGGCACCAUGGGUCCGCACCGCAUCAUACCGCUGUGGGACGACGCUCGCCUGCCCAUCACCCAGGCCUUUGUCGACGGGCAGCCUCUCCUGGCGGACAUCCGAAGCCGCUUCGAGUGUAUGAAGGAGGCCAUGGAGGCCAUCGAGGCGCUCCCUUCCAAAUUCAACGUUGGCUGCUUCCAGAUAAAUUUCGGUCCCGCGCGCUCCGGACUGAUGGUCGAGGCCCAGGCGUGGAAGGACAUCCUGGGCCGCCUGCUCUGCCAGCACCACGGCAUACGCCUCGAGGAAAACGUCAAGUUCAUUGUGGACCACACCGCGCUGCUGCAGCGCCAGAUCAAGGACCUGGACGACGUGCGGCUGGCCAUGGCCGCUCUGCACGAGGUGGCGGAGAACUUCAUCAGGCUGGACCUCAGCCUCAUGGAGCUAGAGGACAUGUACGCCCUGCUCACCAGCUACAAGGUAGCCGUCAGUCGGGAGGACAUUGAUAGCGUCAACACGCUUCGCUACAAUUUCAACAACAUGGUGGCCGUGGUAAGGUCCUUUUUGUCCACCGCCGACUGCGCCAUGAAGACGCAGGUGGAGCUGUGUGCCGUCCAGGACCCCUUCCGCGACGAGCUGAUCCGCCAGGUGGCGUCGUUCAAGCACGACGUAGAGAAAUUCGACUAUGAUUACGAGUGGUCCGGCCCCAUGGUGCCGGACUUACCUGCGAGGGAAGCGAGCGACCGCGUCCUCAUCUUGCAGGGCCGCCUGGACGAACUGCUCGCGCGCUACGAGAUCUACGCGAGUGGGGAGGAGCUGUUCGGCCUGACCGUCAACGAGUACCCCACCCUCAUGCAAAAGAAGAGGGACUUCUCGCUGCUGCAGAAACUGUACCAGCUCUACAACCAGGUCAUGUCGACCGUGGAGGGAUACUACGACAUCGUGUGGGCCGAGGUGAACAUCGAAUCCAUCAUGGAGGAGCUGGCAGAAUUCCAAAACAGGUGCCGCCGGCUGCCCAAGGGGCUCCGCGAGUGGCCAGCUUACCUGGACCUCAAGCAAAUGAUCGACGACUUCAACGGCACCUGCCCGCUGCUCGAGAUGAUGACCAACAAGGCCAUGAAGGACCGUCACUGGAAGCGGCUGGAAGACCUCACCAACUGCAGCUUUGAUGUGGAGAGCGAAACGUUCACCCUCAAGACUCUGCUGGAGGCGCCGCUGCUGCAGCACAUCGAUGACGUCACGGACAUCUGCCAGGGCGCCGUCAAGGAGAAGGACAUCGAGGCCAAGAUGAACCAGGUGAAGGCCGACUGGGCCGUUGUGGACUUGGUCUUCGUCGAGUUCAAGAACCGCGGCGAGCUGCUGCUGCGUGGCACUGAGGCCGCCGAGAUAAUCGCCCAGCUCGAGGACAGCCUCAUGGUCAUGAGCUCCCUUCUGUCGAACCGCUACAACACGUACUUCAAGAAGGAGAUUCAGAACCUGGUGUGGAAACUGAGCACCACGUCCGAGAUCAUGGAGCAGUGGAUGGUGGUCCAGAACCUGUGGGUGUACCUGGAAGCGGUGUUCAGCGGUGGCGACAUUGCCAAGGAGCUGCCCGCGGAGACCAAGAAGUUCAACGGCAUAGACAAGUCGUGGGUCAAGAUCAUGUCCCGGGCCCGCGACGUGAAGAACGUGCUGGAAGUGUGCGUGGGUGACGAGAGCAUGCAGCAGCUGCUACCCUUCCUCCUGGAGCAGCUCGAGUCCUGCCAGAAGUCCCUAUCCAGGUACUUGGAGCAGAAGCGUCUUCAGUUCCCCCGCUUCUUCUUCGUGUCGGACCCUGCCCUCUUGGAGAUCCUCGGGCAAGCCUCGGACAGCCACACUAUCCAGGAACACCUGCUCAACGUGUUUGAGAACGUGGCCGAGGUGGCUUUCCACGAGAAAGAGUACGACAAGAUACUGGCCAUCAAGUCGAGGGAGGGAGAGAGCAUCACGCUCGACACCCCCGUGGUGGCGACGGGCGGCGUCGAGGUGUGGCUGAACAAGCUCCUGGCCAUGGUCCGCCAGUCCGUCAACACGGUCAUCUGCAACGCCGUGGCCAACGCCCGCGAGCCCGAGUACGAAGACAUCCCCUUCAUCGAGUCCAUCCCCGCGCAGGUGGCGCUGCUGCACAUCCAGAUGCUCUGGACGCAGCGGGCAGAGCGCGCGCUCAAGGAGGCCAGGCUGAACCGCCAGGCCAUGCCGACCACCAACCAGCUCUUCCUGGACCUGCUGAACUUGCUCAUCGACCAGACUACCCGCGACCUCUCGAAGUUCAUGCGCGUCCUCUACGAGACGCUCAUCACCAUCCACGUCCAUCAGAGGGACAUCUUCGACGAGCUGUGCCGCCUGCACAUCAAGUCGCCCCUGGACUUCGAGUGGCUGAAACAGGCGCGCUUCUAUUUCGACGAGGAAGGCGAGCACAUCAACGUGUGCAUCACGGACGUGACGUUCAUCUACCAGAACGAGUACCUGGGCAACACGGACCGCCUCGUCAUCACGCCGCUCACCGACCGCUGCUACAUCACGCUGGCGCAGGCCAUCGGCAUGCACAUGGGCGGCGCGCCCGCCGGCCCGGCCGGCACGGGCAAGACGGAGACCACCAAGGACAUGGGCAAGGCGCUCGGCAAGUACGUGGUCGUGUUCAACUGCUCGGACCAGAUGGACUUCCGCGGGCUGGGCCGCAUCUUUAAGGGGCUGGCCCAGUCGGGGUCCUGGGGCUGCUUUGACGAGUUCAACCGCAUCGACCUGCCCGUGCUCUCCGUGGCUGCCCAGCAGAUCUACAUCGUGCUCAGCGCGAGGAAGCAGCGCCAAACCCACUUCCUGUUCAGUGACGGGGACAAUGUGUCACUUAACCCAGAGUUUGGCCUGUUCAUAACCAUGAACCCCGGGUACGCGGGUCGACAGGAACUCCCUGAGAAUCUCAAGAUUCAGUUCAGAUCGGUUGCCAUGAUGGUCCCGGACAGACAGAUCAUCAUUCGCGUCAAGCUGGCCUCCUGUGGUUUCCGUGAGAACGUCCUUCUCGCCAGGAAGUUCUUCACGUUGUACAAGCUGUGCGAGGACCAGCUGAGCAAGCAGGUCCACUAUGACUUCGGCCUGCGGAACAUCCUCUCGUGCUUGCGCACCCUGGGCGCCCAGAAGAGGGCCAACCCCCAGGACUCGGAGGAGACGACCGUCAUGCGCGUGCUCAGAGACAUGAACCUGUCCAAGCUAGUGGACGAGGACGAGCCGCUGUUCCUGACGCUCAUCGAGGACCUGUUCCCGGGCAUCAAACUGGCCACGCGGUCUUACCGAGAUCUGCAGGUCGCCAUCUCGAGCGCGGUGGAGCAGGUCGGGCUGGUGAACCACCCCAGCUGGAACCUCAAGCUGGUGCAGCUGUACGAGACCUCCCUGGUGCGCCACGGGCUCAUGAUCGUGGGCCCCACCGGCGCGGGCAAGACCCAGUGCAUCCAGACGCUCAUGAAGGCCAUGACGGAGUGCGGGAACCCGCACAAGGAGAUGCGCAUGAACCCGAAGGCUAUUACGGCGCCCCAGAUGUUCGGCCGCUUAGACGUCGCUACUAACGACUGGACCGACGGUAUUUUCUCUACAUUGUGGAGGAAAUCGUUGAAAGUCAAGAAAACCGAGACAACGUGGCUGGUGCUGGACGGUCCCGUGGACGCGGUGUGGAUCGAGAACCUCAACUCUGUGCUGGACGACAACAAGACCCUCACCCUGGCCAACGGGGACCGCAUCGUCAUGGCCGUCAACUGCAAGCUGCUGUUCGAACCCGACAACCUGGACAACGCGUCGCCGGCCACGGUGUCCCGCAUGGGCAUGGUGUUCAUGUCGUCGUCUUGCCUGCCGUGGAACCCCAUCCUGGAGGGGUGGCUGCUGCGCCAGCACAAGGACGACGCGGCCGCGCUGCGGCCCUUGUUCGAGGCCCUUUACGACGAGACGCAGCGCUUCCUGCUGACGCGCCUGCACGCCAAGAUGCACAUCCUGGAGGCGCUGUACAUCCGCCAGUGCACGGAUGUGCUGGAGGGGCUCAUGAUCCGCCACAACGAGGCGCGGACCGCGCCCCCGCCCGGCAAGGAGAUGGACCCGAUCGACGCCAAGCACCUGGAGCGCAUGCUGCUGUUCUCCAUCAUGUGGAGCCUGGGCGCCGCGCUUGAGCUGGACGACAGGGAGAAGCUGGAGGAGUUCGUGUGCAGCCACGAGUCCAAGCUCAACUGGCCCAAGCCAGAGCCGGGCGAGUCCAUCUUCGAGUACAUGGUGUCCACGAGCGGGGAGUGGGAGCACUGGAGCGCCCACGUCGAGGAGUUCCUGUACCCAGACGAUUCGGUGCCGGAGUACGCGUCCAUCCUGGUCCCCAACGUGGACAACGUGCGGACCGCUUUCCUCAUCGACAACUGCGCCCGGCACGGCAAAUCUGUACUCCUCAUCGGCGAGCAGGGGACCGCAAAGACGGUCAUGAUCCAGGGAUACGUAUCCAAGUACGAUCCCGAGGAGCAUCUCUCCAGAGGGUUCAGCUUCUCCUUCGCCACCACGCCUAAUAUGGUCCAGCGCACCAUCGAGAGCUACCUGGACAAGCGGGUCGGCACCACAUACGGUCCGCCCAACGGCCGCAAGAUGACCCUGUUUGUGGACGACAUCAACAUGCCCGUGGUCAACGAGUGGGGAGACCAAGUACGCGCUUGGCAGCAAAGCGGCCCCGUCGUGUAG